AUGUCGCCGUCACCGCGCGCUCGGCGCCCUGCUUCGUCGUUGCGACGCACGGCCGCGCGUGAGCCCCUGCCGCGCCGCCCGCACCCGCGCCCGGAGCUCACUCCGCCGUGGCCUCCCCCGUCGCUGCACCCGCCUCCACCUGGCCGCGCCGGCUCCGCCCGCGCUCUGCCGGAGCACGCCGGCACCCGCGCCCGCCAACCUCCCUGUGCGCGCUCGCUCCCCUCGCCCUGCCCCCGCCGUCCCGCUGCGCCCGUCGCUGCCUGCAGGUGUGGCCACAGCACCUCGCCCAUCCGCCCCGCCCGCCUGCGCGGCGAUGUCGCUCACCGGCGCACGCGCGCCCACGGCUCCGGUCCCCUCCGCCCCGUCGCCCUGUUUCGGCCGGCGCUCGUGCGGCCCCUGGCCGCCGGCGCCCGCGCCCGGCUCUGCCGCGUCACCUCGGCGGGUUACACCCACACCCUGGGGCUCCGCCCUGUUUCGCCAGCGCCCCUGCACCCCCAUGCCCAUAACCCAUUCGCCCAUUAG